GUCACGACGCCAUCUUACUUCCUGAAAGUCCACCCAUUUCUUGAAUUUUGAUUGGGGUCUUAAUACGUCUACCAGAAGGAUGAUUUUACUUGAGAUCAAUAAUAGGGUAGUGGAAGAAACGUUGACACUCAAAUUCAAGAAUGCACUAAGCGGUCUCUACUCCCAAAACAGUACAAAUGAUAAGAAAAGGGGAAAACCAGAAAGUGUUGAUAUCACUGUAGCAGAUUUUGACGGUGUCAUAUACCAUAUAUCCAACCCAGAUGGAGACAAAUUUAAAGUUAGAGUCAGCAUCUCUCUCAAGUUCUACAAAGAUCUCCAGGAGCACGGAGCAGAUGAUUUGAUCAAGCGAGAGUACAGUGCAUUCCUCACCACGCCAGAAGAAGGCUACAAUGUAUCAUUAGUCUACGAUUUAGAAAAUGUUCCCUCUGAUUGGCCAGAAGUUGUCAAGAAGGCGGGGCUUCUGAAACGUAACUGCUUUGCAUCUGUAUUUGAAAAAUACUUUGAAAUUCAAGAAAAAGGGGAGGGAGGACGAAAGCGAGCUGUGAUCAAUUACAGAGAUGAGGAAACCAUGUAUGUGGAUGCAAAGAAGGACCGUGUGACAGUGAUCUUUAGCACGGUGUUCAAAGACGAUGACGACAUCAUCAUUGGAAAGGUGUUUAUGCAGGAAUUCAAGGAAGGUCGCCGUCGCUACCAACAGGCCCCCCAGGUGCUGUUCAGUCACCGUGAGCCACCGCUGGAACUCCAGGGGACAGACGCCAAGACUGGCGACAACAUCGGAUACAUCACAUUUGUCCUGUUUCCGCGCCACACAAGUCCUGCAGCCCGUGACAACACCAUCAACCUGAUCCAUACACUUAGGGACUACCUACACUAUCACAUUAAGUGCUCCAAGGCAUAUAUUCACUCUCGGAUGCGUGCAAAGACGUCAGAUUUCCUCAAAGUUCUCAACAGAGCCAGACCCGAGCCAAAAACAAAAGAAAGGAGGACGAUAACGGGCAGAGUUCUCCGGCAGUGAUAGAAGAUAACAGAUCUUAUUAAAAAUAAACAUUUCUAAAGAUUUCCAAACCCCCUCUACAUACAGUUACACAGAUGAUUGGAAUAUAAAAACCCCAGGAGACUUAAUAACCACCUUGAAAUAAUAAUUCUGAGAAGAAACUUUUGAAGAGAUGAAGGCAGCGAUGCUAAGACCAGGCUGAGCGUGGAUGGAACGAUAGAGGAGGGGGGGGGGGGUCAUUAUUGUGUUGGUUGAACAACUUGAUGGUUACGUUUAAGAUGAUUCAAAAUCCCAAGGAUCAAAUUUGGGGUGGAUAUUAUAUAUGAAAAAAGUUCUCUUGAGAAUUGACUCCAAUUUUAUACAUAUUAUAGUGAUUAUUAAGAUAAUUCUAGCUGAAUGAUAUUCUGUACCAAAGUUAAUUAGAGUUCAUUUGUUGCCUGUUUCCAUGGUAAACAACUAAAGUUUAUUUGACUGGAAGUCUCGACUUUGCUCCUUUAGUUUCCUCAGGUAGUCUUGAGAAUUUAGGAACCUUGGGAUCAGAGCACAGAUAGUUGGAACUGGCAAAGUCCAAAGAUUUCUGCUCUGUAAUGGCCUUUUUGCAAAAUUU